CGAGAAACUCAAGCCCUAGAGAGGCUUAGCAAGUAGCCAGAGGUCAGGACAGAAAUAGAAAGAAGGAGAACCAAGAUUUACGCCAACCUCGGAGCCUCACAAGGUCAAUCUUCUUUCAUUGUCUUCUGAGUGGACUUGGAAGCCACAUGACUCUGCUAUCGCUGCAGUAAAAAGGAGAGCACAUAGGCAGUGCAUGGCCGGCUGCACACAGGCCUGCGUGUCAUACAUGGAAACCUGCAGCCACAGUGAUGGUGAGGUGAACCACACAGAAGGAUCAGGCACUGAUGGCAGGGAGGAAAGAAGAGCAAGACCGUGGUCUUGAACAAGGCAAGCAGGUAACAGACAUGAACCACGGGCACGCAGAGGAAAUAAGCCAUGCUCCUGCUCCUCUCUCUCAUCCUAGAAGAACUGAACACUACCUUUAUUUGUCAGUGUCCCCGAACAUCUCUGUUCUACCUGUUUUUUCCCCUGAGAUUUGUUUUCUUAUUUUAUGUGAUGGGUGUUCUGCCUGCAUGUGUGUGCGUGUAUCUGUGUGUGUGUGUGUGUGUGUGUGUGUGUGUGUGUGUGUGUGUGUGUGUGUGUGUGUGGUGCCUGUGCGGCCCCGUAGACUGAGCCUCAGAUCCCCAGAUCUAGAAUUACAGACAGUUUUUAGCUACCUUAUGGGUGCUGGGAAUUGAACUUGAGUCCUUUGUAAGACCGGUCAGUGUUCUUAACCACCGAGCCACUUCUCUAGCCUUUCCCUGUUGAUAUGCACUAUUGGGCUUCAUCCAUCUAAGGAAUUUAGAGACUCUUGGGGAACAAGAACAUCUCAGUGCUAAUUAACAUUUAUUUUAUUUUCCUACUCACCUGGUGUUUAAACAUGUAAUUGUUAAAUGUGCCAUAAACCUGCUUGUCAAAAUUUAACCUCCUUAAAAGCCAAGAGUGUAAAAUUAUUUCCUUCUGACAAAGACAAUACCUUUUGGAGGAGUUUUGAGCAAGUGUGCAUGAGCUCUGGGUCCCAAAGGCUUCAGAUAUAAGGGUCCCGAGCCAUUCUGAAAGGCUUGUUUGGGGGGUUUCUCUUCAAAUUUGUUGAUGGAAGCAUUACUACCUAGAACAAAACAGAAAGAUAUGUCUUAUUUAGUACAUGAUUGCAAUAGCAGUCCCCAGUAUUUGUUCCGAAGAGACUACAAUUUGAUAACAAUUACCGAGUGUCAAGAACACAGAGGCAAUUUCUGGUCUCAAGAAUGCGAAAUAAAUAAAUGUUCCCAGAGUGCAAAAGCCUACAUUUUGUUUCCAGGCACAGUCCAAAUUUAUGCAUAUUUCCAGCUCUGUUUUUAUCCCAGAGAGGUGGAAGAUAAACGGUUACCCACACUGUGUAACGAACAUUCCCAAUACACACACAGGUAAGCAUUCCUCUCAAGGAAGAUGAGACAGACUGUAAGCAGCUGAUGCUAAUGAAGAAGAAGAAGAAGAAGAAGAAGAAGAAGAAGAAGAAGAAGAAGAAGAAGAAGAAGAAGAAGAAGAAGAAGAAGAAGAAGAAGAAGAAGAAGAAGAAGAAGAAGAAGAAGAAGAACAAGAAGAAGAAGAAGAAGAAGAAGAAGAAGAAGAAGAAGAAGAAGAAGAACAAGAACAAGAACAAGAACAAGAACAAGAACAAGAAGAACAAGAAGAACAAGAAGAACAAGAAGAAGAAGAAGAAGAAGAAGAACAAGAAGAACAAGAAGAACAAGAAGAAGAAGAAGAAGAAGAAGAACAAGAAGAAGAAGAAGAAGAAGAAGAAGAAGAAGAAGAAGAAGAAGAAGAAGAAGAAGAAGAAGAAGAAGAAGAAGAAGAAGAAGAAGAAGAACAAGAAGAAGAACUACCAGAUAAAACCCUCAGUGGCUUCAAGAAUGAGAUCUGGUCUCCAGAGGAGCUGUAUUUCGAAGCUAGACAGCCAUCAUCCACUCUUAUUAGAAAGGUAUUCAACCUCAAACUGAAAAAAUAUAAAAAGACUCUCACUUAAGUAAUGGAAACCACCCACAAGAAAACACGGAAUUUCCUAAAGCCACUAAAGAACCUGACCUAUUUUCUCUUAAGACACUGCCUACACUUAAUUCUAGGCAUCCACUUUUAUUCUACCAUAUAAUAAACAGGCCAUAAUUCCUUUCUGGUAUAGAAUGCUCUGCAUGAAUUGUGCCACUGUGGUUCAGAAGCCAUGCCAGGAUCCCUGUAUCGUUUUGGUUUCAGUGCAUGCACGGUGAAUCCAGAGUAUAAA